AUGACACAAAAACCACACCUGGAAGGCCGCGAUCGAUCACUCUCCGCCCUCAGUGGUAGUACCCAAUUCUCCACCCUCAAGGUUCCUAAAGCCUCCUACGAUGCUACCAGCAGCGCAUCUAGUAUGUUCAGCGAAGGUGGACGAGAAGACGCUCUACGACCAGAUCCCGGCUCCGAGGCAGACUUCGUCGUCAAAGACUCUCCAUUCGCUUUCUCUCCCGGCCAGCUUAAUAAGCUGCUCAACCCAAAGUCUCUCCCAGCAUACGUCGCUCUCGGUGGUAUUCGUGGCAUUGAGAAGGGUCUGCGGACGAAUCUUGAGACAGGUCUGUCCGCUGAUGAGGCCUCACUCCACGGCUCUUUUGCCGACCGUCUCCGGAUCUACUCGAACAACGCCCUCCCCGAGAAAAAGGCCACAUCUCUUUGGAAACUCAUGUGGAUUGCAUACAAUGACAAGGUUUUGAUCCUCCUCACGGUCGCGGCGGCCAUAUCUCUCGCCCUUGGCCUCUACGAAACUUUUGGUGUCGAACAUCAACCCGGCGAACCCAUGCCAGUGGAUUGGAUCGAAGGUCUCGCCAUCUGUAUCGCCAUCGUCGUGGUCGUCCUCGUCGGCUCUCUCAACGACUACCAAAAGGAACGCGCAUUCGUCAAACUCAACGCAAAGAAAGAAGAUCGCAUGGUCAAGGUUCUCCGCUCUGGGAAGUCCAGCAUGGUCAAUGUUGUCGACAUCAUGGCUGGUGAUAUCCUCCACCUCGAGCCCGGUGACAUGAUUCCCGUUGAUGGCAUCUUCAUCUCCGGCCACGGCGUCAAAUGUGACGAAUCCUCCGCGACCGGCGAGUCCGACGCCUUGAAGAAGGUCGGCGGCGAGCAAGUCAUGCGCAUGCUCGAAGAAGGCCACCAGGAUCUCAAAGACAUGGACUGCUUCAUCAUCUCCGGCAGCAAGGUCCUCGAGGGUAUUGGCACGUACAUGGCGACCUCCGUCGGUGUUAAUUCCAGCUACGGAAAAAUUCUCAUGAGCAUGCGUGUCGACAUGGCUCCCACUCCUCUGCAGGUCAAGCUUGAUGGACUUGCGACCGCGAUUGCAAAGCUGGGCUCUAGCGCUGCUUUGCUUUUGUUCUUCGUCUUGCUGUUCCGCUUUGUGGCUACGCUUUCUUCCAAUACUGGUAGUCCCAACCAGAAAGCCAGCCAGUUCAUGGACAUUCUCAUCGUCGCCGUCACUGUUAUUGUCGUGGCGGUGCCCGAAGGUCUCCCUCUUGCUGUCACCCUGGCCCUCGCUUUCGCCACUACUCGCCUCGUCAAGCUCAACAACCUCGUUCGCAUCUUGAAGUCCUGCGAGACCAUGGGCAAUGCCACCACUGUCUGCUCGGACAAGACUGGUACGCUCACCACCAACGUCAUGACAGUCGUAACUGGACAAUUUGGCGAGCGCUCUUUCGACGACAAGAAUCACACUGGAUCUGAAGUACGCUCUACCGAGUUCGCCUCUCAACUGUCCUCCGAGGAACGCCGUCGCCUCGUCCAAGCCAUCGCCAUCAACAGCACUGCUUUCGAGGGUGAAGAUGGAUUUAUCGGAUCCAAGACCGAGACUGCUCUUCUCUCCUUCGCUCGCACUCUCGGCAUGGGAUCUCUCGCAGAGGAGCGUGCCAACUGUCCAGCCCAUGCUUUCUUCCCUUUCGACUCCGGCCGCAAAUGUAUGGGAGCUGUUCAGACCCUCCCGGAUGGUACCUUCCGCCUCGUCGUCAAAGGUGCUUCUGAGAUUCUCCUCGGCCACAGUACUUCCAUCGCCACCACCUCCGGACCCAAACCCCUCGAUGGUACCACCCGCGAGACGCUCGAAGCCAACAUCGACUCCUACGCUAAGCAGUCCCUCCGCACCAUCGCCCUGAUCUCCCGCGAAUUCCCCUCAUGGCCACCAGCCGGCUGCACCGUCGAAAACGACCCCACCGAAGCCGACUUCGGCGCCGUCCUCUCCAACAUGACCUUUGACGGCCUCGUCGGCAUCCAAGACCCCGUCCGCCCUGGUGUCCCGGAAGCCGUCGCCAAAUGUGCCCACGCCGGCGUCUCCGUCCGCAUGGUCACGGGCGACAACGUCAUCACCGCCAAAGCCAUCGCCACGGAAUGCGGAAUCUACACCGGCGGCGUCGUCAUGGAAGGUCCCGUCUUCCGCACCCUGUCCGAAUCCCAAAUGAACGAAGUCCUCCCAAAACUCCAAGUCCUCGCCCGCUCUUCUCCCGAAGACAAACGCAUCCUCGUCACUUCCCUCCGCGCUCUCGGCGAAAUCGUCGCUGUCACUGGAGACGGCACGAACGAUGGACCAGCGCUUAAGGCUGCUGACAUUGGUUUCUCAAUGGGUAUCGCCGGCACGGAAGUCGCCAAAGAGGCUUCCGCUAUCAUCCUCAUGGACGACAACUUCGCCUCCAUCUUAACAGCACUCAUGUGGGGUCGCGCCGUUAAUGACGCCGUGCGGAAAUUCCUCCAGUUCCAACUGACCGUCAACAUCACGGCGGUCAUCAUCACCUUCGUCUCCGCCGUCGCCAACGAGGGCAUGCGCUCCGUGCUCGUCGCCGUACAACUCCUCUGGAUCAACCUCAUCAUGGACUCUAUGGCCGCCCUGACCCUCGCCUCCGACGCCCCAACGGAAGAGAUCCUCAACCGCAAACCGACCCUCCGCUCCGCCCCGCUCAUCUCCACGACCAUGUGGAAAAUGAUCAUCGGCCAAGCCAUCCUCCAAAUGGCCGUCAUCUUCACCCUCUACUACGCCGGCCCAUCGAUUCUCAACUACCCCUUCGACGGCACGGAGAUCCGCUCCGUCGUCUUCAACGCUUUCGUCUGGCUGCAGAUUUUCAACAUGUUCAACUCCCGGCGACUGGACAACAAAUUCAACGUGUUCGCGGGGGUGACGAGGAACUGGUACUUUAUGAUUAUUACGCUCGUCAUGGUCGGCUGUCAGGUUAUGAUCAUGUAUGUUGGCGGGCGGGCGUUUCAGAUCAGUCGCAUCUCGGGCAAGGAUUGGGGCAUUUCCAUUGUUAUUGGACUGCUGUCGAUGCCGGCGGCGGUGUUUAUUCGACUUUUCCCGGAUCAUAUCUUUGAGAAGAUUGCGAGGAUUUGUGGGAAGCCGGUGGUGCUGGUGUACCGACCGCUCAGCAGGGGGAUGCACGCUGUUGGACGCAAGAUUAGAGGGCUGAGGAGGAGUAAGAAGGAGAGUGGGGAGGUUGCGGAGAUUGCGGAGGGGCAGGAGAGGGAGGAGAAGAGGGUUGGGGAUGUUGAGCGUGGACGGGCGAAUUAA